CAGAGACACAGGGGGAUUCAUGGCCGAUUUGGGUGGCUGUUGAGUGUUUCCUAGAUUACACAAGGAGCCUGCAUUUUUGUCUUUGUACUGGCCAGCAAUUUUGAAAUCCAAGACAUAAUGGGUAUUUUGGUGAAACCUGAGCAAUGCAAUUCUGGAAGAAAUCCUGAGUUGCUUAACUGUUACAGUAUACUAAUUGAAAAUGAAUCUUCUGCACCACCCUGGAUGUUUCAGGCUUGAAAACAGGACAUGACACUCACACAGGGUAUGGGAGAGUUGCUGAGUAAAGAAAAAUGAGCCCAUUUGAGGAAGCAAGGGGUUCAUACAGUAUCUGAGAAUUUCAAUGAAAGUGUAGAUUACACUCUAGUUACCCAUGGCCCCAUGGGAAAUUCACCACACAGACCGUGAAGACUGACUGGAAUGAAGGCUCUGCUUAAGAUUAAACUAUUUGUCUUAUAUUUAUGUAGUAGGUGCUUCUAUCCAAAGUGAUGUACAAUUGGGGGAUGAGGGUCAGCAAGUCCCUGAAACAGUCAGGGUUAGUAAGGGCCUUGUUCAAGGGCCCAACGAUGAAAAUACCACUGGAAUCUGUAGAACCACACAACACCCCACACAGUUAAUAGAUCAAAGCCACUUAUAACGUUUGUCCAUAAACCAUGCUGUAUCAUAAAGGUUUUGUGACUCAGACAGAAAAACUGAAAAGCUCAGGACAUUCAUCAAAAUCCCAUCAUCUUUUGUAGGUAACGUGAUCAACAAGAUUGUAGAUUUUGAGUGUAACUUGCUAUCCUACUCCUUACAUAAAUGAUAAGGUUGUACUGGGUCCACCAUUGUCUGCUGACUGAAAUGAAUUUGACACCCCUGUGCUAUGGCAUUAGAUACCCUAGCUGUUUGCUUCUUAAACUUUCAAAUUAUUAUGUCUCUGAUUCCCACUGUCCACCAGGUGUCCACAUGUCCUGCUAUACAUUCAUUGCCUAUUGGGGUUUUUCUAAUUUAAAUUUAAAUUGUUUGUGUGUCUAUAUUCAAGUGAUAUUUACACAAGCCAAGAAAUAAGUAUUUCAGUGUAUGGCAUAAUCAGUUCAUCAUGUACAUGACAAAUAAAGGACUUUGACUUUUAGACUCUUCGUGACGAGGCUCACAGACGUCCACAGCAGCAGGCCGGCCCCCUCAACAUGAACCACUACGCUAACAAGAAGAGCGCGGCAGAGAGCAUGCUGGAUGUAGCCUUGCUGAUGGCCAAUGCAUCACAGCUGAAGACUGUCAUGGAGGAGGGGUCUGAUUUUACCUUUUACUAUGCGCUAAUCGGGCUUAUCAGCAUCUCCCUCGCCCUUCAGAUCCUGGUGGGCAUCCUCCUCAUCUUCAUUGUGAAGUGGGACCUUAAUGACGAGCAUAAGCACCACAAACUGAAUGUUCUGGAGAACCUCACCACAGCGCUGAUCUUCCUCAUUGUGGUGGUGAACAUCUUCAUCACCGCAUUCGGUGUCCAGAAGCCCACAGGACGGUCAGACGUGGGUUGAGCUGUCUGACCAUUUAGCAGAUGUGUGCUUCCAUGACUCCCUAAUUCAGCAAGGUCCUUCUUGUUCUGCCCUUUUCCAAGAACUAAUGGAGAACAGAAUCUGAUUUCAGCAGAGGAUGGAAUGACUCAUCAUAAACAACAAUGUCACACAUUUUAUAGACUGCCACACUGAUUGUUUUUCUUGCUUUUUCUACUCUUGGAAAAAAAUUGUCAGUGGUAUUUUUCAUUGUUUGCAAGAUCAGAUUUGCAUAUCAAGACAUCACAGUUACUUUGAUAGUUUCAAAUAUUUUAUAUAAUGUCUGUGAAGCAAUGUCUACUCAGGUUCUUCUACAGUAGGAAUCAUAAACAUUAGAUACCUAGUAGGCCCAGAAUCACAGUAACCCUGCAUAGGACAAGUGUAUAGAAAAUGGAUGGAUGGAUGGAUGGAUGGAUGGAUGGGGACACCAUGAAAUACUUGAAAACCAUUUGUUAUUACCUCUUGUUGAAGCUUUGUAUGAGAAUAAUUCCUUUUAAUGGAAACUAACUAAUGUAUGUUCAGUCGCUAAAUCACUAUGUAUAUCACUUUGCAUCAAUACAUCGAUAUAAUUUGCAUUUUGAAAUGCAUUACAUGAGAAUUACAUGCUAUUUACAUGAUUUAUUUGUAAAAUUGAGUCAAACUAUUUAGGCCUACAUGUUUACAAUAUUUAAAAGGUUUUGUGUUAUCUUUACCAUCCUAUUCAAAUGGCAUAUAAUGUACUCUAUCUUAUAAAGUUUAUACAAGAUUUGUGUCAUGCCAUUUAGACUCCAUAUUUAGAUAUAAACCCAGAAUGAAUAUAACAGGUCUACAUAUUAGUAUUAGCAUAAAAAGCAAACUAUGUAUGUAUAUGAAAGUCACAGACACUGAUAACUGCAUUUGGUGGCAUGGUAGCUCAGUGGGCAGUGAUCCAGGGUUCAAAUCCUCCCUUUGCCCCUGUAUGUAGAGUGUACAUUUACAUUUGUUUCUUCUGGUUACUCCUGGGUUUCCUCUCAUGAUGCAAUGACACAUAGUGUAUGGUUGUGCAUACAUUGUACAUGCCAUAUGAUGGACUGGCAUCCUAUCCAGAGUGUACCCCUGUGUUUUGCUGUGAUGUCUGGAAAAGGCCCCAGAAGGCCAUGUGACCUUUCUCAGGGUAAGUGAUUGGUCGAAGGAGGGACAAUAAAUAUUUGAACUUGCAGCAAUGAUAAUUACUAGGUACUUAGAAAGGAAAAAUGAACAUUGGUUGAAGCUUUACUUGCAUGUUCUUGCAGAGUGGACAUGAAAGAACUACCCACUUCCUCGUUGAAAGUAUUAUGUAAAGAUAUGAUGAAAUCUGUUAUUGGUCUGUUAACUGCUUGGCCAACUCAGGCAUUUACUGACCAAAGGGCUCCCUGUGAGCUGGCCCAGAACUACACAGCGAGAAGGGAGCUUAAUAUCAAAGUUUAAGUCCAUUAAAAUAUAUAAUCUGUCUACA